AGACUUGGUCGUCUGUGGAUUAUAAAAAAAAAUCAACCUUAGUGUUAUAAAUUUGUAAUGCAUCAGUUAUUUGGCAACCCCUUCUCAUUUGCAAUCUACACACCCUUCACUAAUCUUUGAAGAAAAUGGCAGAAACCAUUAUUUUGCCUCUUGCAAAAUCCAUUCUGGAAAAGCUAGUUACCUUCCCUCUUGAUCUUGCCUUGAAUGAUGUUACGGAAAGAAUAAAAUUAGCCAAGUCUGUUAAGAAAGAUGUCAAGACCAUACAUGGCAAUCUCUCUGCCAUUUGCGCUGUUCUUAAAGAUGCUGAGGCGAAACAGUAUGCUAGUCAUGCCAUCAAGGUUUGGCUAACUGAUCUAAAGAGUGUUGUUUAUGAGUUAGAUGACCUCUUGGAUGAAGUAGCCUAUGACGCUCUGCGACGAAGUGUCAACAAAGGCCACUUUCUCCCCCAACUUAGGUACUAUCUUUCCCCUUCCUCAAAUCCUCUAGUUACUCGCUUUCAUUUGAGUCAGAACAUAAAGGAUCUUCGUGAAAAGCUUGCGAGUGUGGUAGCUAAGAAAAAUGACUUUGGGUUAACGGUAAAUCCCGUUGAAAUCCCAAUCGUUGAAAGAGAUCUUUUUAAUGAUUGUUCAUAUGUGAAUGAAUCAGUUAUUGUUGGAAGGGAUGAGGCUAAAAAAGAACUUAUUACUAGGUUGUUGGCUCAUGGUACGGCUGUUACAUGUCCUUGUGUCUUACCUGUAGUUGGGAUGGGUGGGAUUGGAAAAACUACAUUAGCUAAAUUAGUAUAUAAGGAUUUGAGUCAUUUGACUGGUGAUCAAUUUGAUAUGAAACUGUGGGCUUGUGUCUCACAUAAGUUUAACUUAAGUAAGUUAUUAGAAAACAUUAUAAAUCAAGCUAGUAAUGAUGUUACAUCUAACCUCACACUAGAACAAUUAGUGCGUAAGCUUCAAAAUUUAUUGAAUGGAAAGAAGUAUUUUCUUGUAUUGGAUGAUGUAUGGUUGGAUGAUGCUUCCGACUGGACAGAUUUGAAGAGCAUUUUUGAGGGUGGGAAAGUAGGAAGUGCCAUUUUGGUCACUACAAGAAGCGCACAAGUUGCUUCAAUUACUCAGACAAUUAAACCUUACGAUUUGGAUAGGCUUCCAGAUGAUGUUUGCUGGUCUAUUUUUGAACAAUUAGCAUUCAUGGAAGAUGAAAAAAAUAAAUAUCCUAAUCUUUAUGAAAUCGGAAGGUCAAUUGUUGAGAAAUGUGCAGGGGUUCCACUUGUUGUUAAAAGUAUAGGUAGUCUCUUACGGAGGGUUAGGGAUGAAGGGGAGUGGCAACGUAUUAAUAAUGCAGAUAGCGUUGCAAACCUGCACGGGGAAAGCAACAAAGUGCUGCAACUCUUGAGAAUAAGCUAUGACAAACUUCCAUCCCAUCUGAAACCUUGUUUUGUCUAUUGCGCACUAAAAGCAAAGGAUGUUGAACUUUAUCCAACACAAUUGAUUUAUCUAUGGAAUGCACAUGGAUUGUUGAAACUUCAAGAUGGAGCAGGCGAAAUUGAAGCUUGUGGAUACGCAAAUGCGAUGAAUUUGGUAUCCAGAUCCCUUCUUGAGCAACCGAAAUUUGAGUUCAAUGAAACAAUAUUUGCCUGUAACAUACAUGAUCUUCUGCAUGAUGUAGCUGUAGAUAUUCUAGGGAAUGAGUUAGCUUUUGUAACAUGUGACGAGUUACAUGUUUCAGAAUCUACAAGGCACAUCAUUUGGGGAUAUGAGGCACCUGAUAGUAUCUGGGAUAAGGAGUUCCCUAAAGACCUUCUCAACGCAAAAAAGGCCCGAACAUUUAAGUUUGGUUAUCGAAUGAAUCAUGUAAGCCGGUCCUUUCUUGAAGGGGUCAUAUCCAAUUUCAGUUGCUUACGCAUCUUGGAAAUUGGGGACAGUCAAUUUGAAGAGUUACCGAGGUCUAUUGGGAAUUUGAAGCACUUAAGAGGACUUAAGCUAUCGUACAAUCCUCUCCUAAAAUCUCUUCCUGAUACAAUAUGCAAUUUACUGAACUUACAAACCUUGGAUCUUUAUAGCUGUGAGCAACUAAAAGAGUUGCCCAAAAAGAUAUACAGGUUGCUAAACGUGAGGUACUUUGUCAUCACUACAUGUCAGACAAGUUUGGUUGGCACCAAAUUUAACAGAUUACGUUCUCUUCGUUUCUUAUGGAUCUACAAUUGUAAGGGAUUAGUAUCAUUAUGGGAUGAUGGUGAUGUUGGAAACCUCACUUCCAUUCGCCGUUUGUACAUCCAAAAUUGCCCACUGUUAACUAGGCUUCCGAAUAAUCUUAAGUCACUUGCUCUACUUGAGGAUUUGGUGAUUUCUAAUUGUGAAGCUCUGGACUUGGAGGAAAAUCAAUGUCUGAGUGGCUUUCAAAAGCUUCAAUCAUUAGCCAUCAUUGAAGUUCCGCAGCUGAGGCGUCUACCAGAUGGAAUUCAAUCAACUGCAACUUCUCUUCGAUAUCUAUGCAUUUCUGGCUGUGACAAUUUGAGCCAACUUCCAGAUGGUUUGAAACAAUUUGUCAUGCUUCGUAAGAUACUUAUUAACAAUUGUCCUAAAUUGAUGGCCCUUCCAGAGGGCUUUCCAAAUCUUGAUGCUCACCAGGAACUGAGUAUUAGGAAUUGUCCCCAGUUGUCAGGUUGAUGUGCAGUAACUUUAAGAGAAGACUUUCCUCUCAUACAACAUGUCCCUGAUCUGUUGGUCGUCAUCUCACUAUUCUCUAAUAAGCUCGAUUUGUAGGGAGUUGCAUGGUUUUACCUCAUUCUAAUGUGAGGAUUUUACAUGUAACCAAUUUUAUUUUCAGUUCAUCAGAUUUAGUGUAAUAAUGUUGGGCCUUUACAUAGUUCCAAGUUGUAAUGAGUUAAUUUUUGGACUUAGUUCAUCAAUUAAUUCUUUAGGGUUUAAUUUGUUGAGCCUUUUGUUUGUUUACAACGUUGAAGACUGGAGUACCAAGCAAGGUCAAACUCUGAUUGAGAAAUUUGUUGCGA